CUCUACAUCUACGUGUGCACCCCUUAUGGGGCAACGCUAUUUCAAGACCUGGGAUGAUUUCUUUAUGGCUUUGACCAAGACGAGACUCAUCAACUUUUCCGGAGGCGAACCUCGACACGUGUCGACGCAAGAAAUGCUGACCUGAAGAAGAACGGACGGCUGUCUAGUAAAACUGAGGUUCCGUCUUCGUUUGAUAAGUACUAUCGCCGUUUAUGCUGAACUCACGGCUGGAGUCGCCCCAGUCGCUCUACUGGCAAACGAAAGAACUAUUUUGUGAAGUCUACGGGUUGUGAGGCCCAGAUAUCUGCUACUGUGGUUUGGAUGGAAGACAAAGGAUUUCAAGUUAAGGUGACGCAGCAGAAUGCGACGCACAACCAUGGACUGGGGCCGACCAUGUACGAUAACCACCCGGCUAAUCGACGUGUUGACGACGCCGAGAUGAUUGAUUUUGUGGACGAGCAUCAAGCCGCUGGAGCAAAGAAGAAGCUCAUCAUGGAGUUUUUGAGACGCAGAUCGGGUAAGAACGUCACUCUGCGCGACGUUCAUAAUAUCGUACAAAAGCUAAAAGAACGUCGACGAGGAUCCACCACAAUUGAGGCGAGGCUGGAGGCCAACCUUCGCGAUUUCUGUUCGCGUAAGGGGAACACCGCCACCAUUUACGUGAAUGACGACAAAUUAGCUCAAACGAUUACCUUUCAGACGCAUCAGAUGCGCAGGUUUUUCGAAGCGGUUCCGGAGGUGAUGAUGGUCGACGCCACACACAACACGAACGACGCUCGGUACAAACUUUUCAGUUUUAUGAUCCACGACAAAAUCGAUGGUAUUAAGACGUGAGGAGCAGCUUCAGCAGAACGAUGCCACCAGUUGUGGACCACUAGUUCUCCUCUUUUUUUAAUGUGCUGUCCGU